AUGACAACCAGUGACGAUCUGCCUGCAUCUCUUACCGUCCCGUACCUUGUGGGCAAGGCCGGCAGUUACAAGGAUGAAGCAGCGACGGCCGUAGUGGAGGACCCCAAAGAAGGUCGUGCCAAGAAUUGGCUCUGGGUUCAUGAUCGGUACCGUACUCAAGCCACAGCCUUUUUGGACUUGAAGGAAGAUCCAUCGAAACAAAUGGCCGCCUUUGCCAAGUUCCACAAAAAGCUUGAAUCUCACAGUGAGUUUGAAGACACGCAACUCUUCAAAUUCUUUGUGGAUGCCAAAAUUGGGAACCAAGAUACUCUGGAAGAACUGCAAAAGCAACAUGGCAAUAUUAGGUUAGUGUCGGAGAUUACAGAGGGUCUGGACAAGAUGGUGGCGGGUUCCGCAUCGGACGAGGAGAAAGCGGCCACGCAGGAAAAAUUGGAAGCCUAUGUCAAGGACUUGAUGGCUCAUUUGGAUUUGGAAGAAAAGACAAUCACAGGCCCAUGGAUGCAGCUGACUCCAGAGCAGUACAAAACCUACAGGAGCUAUCUGUCAUGGAUGUACUGGUUCAUGUACUAG